AUGUGGCCAGUAAAUACGGCUCAGUACGAGUCUGGGUGCUCAGAGCUUCCCCUCUACGCGCCCAUGCCCCUCAACGGUCCUGCAUAUCCUCGUCUGCUCUCUAACAUCGAGGACGAUGCUUCUAACACCUCUGGCACUACGUCCUUCGCCUCUCACGAGUCGGAUGCAGCAAUUCCCGAAGCAAAGCCUUAUGCCGCGACGGAUGAAGAGAACCCGCUGGAUGUCUACCUCGACGCCCCUCAGAUUCUCUUCCCGACGCCCUCGGAGCUCCUUUCCGAUCUGAAUACGCGGUCUGAGAGCGGCGGGGGUGCUGCACAAGUCGACGCCCAGGAAAAAUCUCGGUCUACGUCGAUGUCAUCAUCCUCUGGUCCAUCGCUUGCGAAGAGGAAGAGGGAAUCUCGCGAAAAGCCUGAGAAUCUCAACCAACGCAAGGCUUAUUUCCGCGCCGUGUCCGAGAACGUGGGCUUCACGAUCACUGACCCGGACACCAUCACUUCUCACGACAAGAAGCGCAGUUACCUAGAGUGUCUGGAAGAGUACGUUCAGUGGCUCCAUGAGCAGAUCCGGCUCGUAGGUCACGAGCCGGUGCCCCUCGAACGCAUCUCUACCUAUCGCGGCCUUCGCAAUAAUUCCCUAAGGACAAUGUUGGUGCACAUGCAAACCACCAUCCGGGAUCGGAAUGUACAAAAGCAGCGGGCUGAGGAACGGUUCCUGGAGCUAGAGAGCGCGCUGAUGAUGCGCACGGCCGCGGAGGAGUCACUGCAGUUCCGGCGGCAUUCAAUUGCCAUCGGCGCGGCCAUCCCUUCUAGCAUUGCCCCCGGAUUCAUGGGAUAG